AUGGUUGUUACUAAAGAUGAGAGACCAAAGUCCAGAAGCCACAAUUUUCAUCUUUUUCAUGCCUUGAUGAUGAUAAGCAUGACCAUGCUGUUUCUUCCAGUCAUUAGAACUUCUAAGCAAAAUAUUCCACGACUCAAGCUAACCUACAAAGACUUGCUGCUUUCAAAUAGCUGUAUUCCCUUUUUGGGCUCAUCAGAAGGACUGGAUUUCCAAACUAUUAUGUUAGAUGAGGAGAGGGGCAGGCUGCUCCUGGGAGCCAAGGAUCACAUCUUCUUGCUCAGUCUGGUUGACUUAAACAAAAAUUUUAAGAAGAUUUAUUGGCCUGCUGCAAAGGAACGGGUGGAAUUGUGUAAAUUAGCUGGGAAAGAUGCCAAUACAGAAUGUGCAAAUUUCAUCAGAGUACUUCAACCCUAUAACAAAACUCACGUUUAUGUGUGUGGAACUGGAGCGUUUCAUCCAAUAUGUGGAUAUAUUGAUCUUGGAAUCUACAAGGAGGAAGUUAUUUUCAAACUAGACACACACAAUUUGGAGUCUGGCAGACUGAAAUGUCCCUUUGAUCCUCAGCAGCCUUUUGCUUCAGUAAUGACAGAUGAGUACCUCUACUCUGGAACAGCUUCUGAUUUCCUUGGCAAGGAUACUGCAUUCACGCGGUCCCUUGGGCCUACUCAUGACCAUUACAUCAGAACUGACAUUUCAGAACACCACUGGCUCAAUGGGGCAAAAUUUAUUGGAACUUUCCCCAUCCCAGACACCUAUAAUCCAGAUGAUGAUAAAAUAUAUUUCUUUUUUCGUGAAUCAUCUCAAGAAGGGAGUACUUCUGAUAAGACCAUCAUUUCUCGAGUUGGAAGAGUUUGUAAGAAUGAUGUAGGAGGACAACGCAGCCUGAUAAACAAAUGGACCACUUUUCUCAAGGCCAGAUUGAUUUGCUCAAUUCCUGGAAGCGAUGGGGCAGAUACUCAUUUUGAUGAGCUUCAAGACAUUUACUUACUCCCCACGAGAGAUGAAAGAAAUCCUGUAGUAUAUGGAGUCUUUACCACAACCAGCUCCAUCUUCAAAGGCUCUGCCGUGUGUAUGUAUAGCAUGGCUGACAUCAGAGCAGUUUUUAAUGGUCCCUACGCUCAUAAGGAAAGUGCAGACCAUUGCUGGGUGCAGUAUGAUGGAAGGAUUCCUUAUCCCCGACCUGGCACAUGUCCAAGCAAAACCUAUGACCCACUGGUCAAAUCCACACGAGAUUUUCCAGAUGAUGUCAUCAGUUUCAUAAAGCGGCACCCUGUGAUGUAUAAAUCAGUAUAUCCAGUUUUGGGACGACCAACAUUCAAGCAAAUCAAUGUGGAUUACAGACUGACACAGAUCGUGGUGGAUCACGUCGUUGCAGAAGAUGGCCAGUAUGAUGUGAUGUUUCUUGGAACAGACAUUGGAACAGUCCUAAAAGUUGUCAGCAUUUCAAAGGAGAAGUGGAAUAUAGAAGAGGUAGUACUGGAGGAGUUACAGAUAUUCAAGCAUUCAUCAAUCAUCUUGAACAUGGAGUUGUCUCUGAAGCAGCAACAAUUGUAUGUUGGUUCCCGAGACGGAUUGGUUCAGCUUUCCUUGCACAGAUGCAACACUUAUGGGAAAGCAUGUGCAGACUGCUGUCUUGCCCGAGACCCCUACUGUGCCUGGGAUGGACAUGCAUGCUCUCAAUAUGUGCCCACUUCAAAAAGGCGAGCUAGACGCCAAGAUGUGAAGUAUGGGGACCCAAUCACCCAGUGCUGGGACAUAGAAGACAGCAUUAGUGAAGCUGCUGAUGAAAAGGUGAUUUUUGGCAUUGAAUUUAAUUCAACCUUUCUGGAAUGUAUACCCAAAUCCCAGCAAGCAUCUAUUAAGUGGUAUAUCCAGCGGUCAGGAGAUGAACAUCGAGAGGAGGUAAAACCUGAUGAAAGGAUCAUCAAAACAGAAUAUGGGCUACUGAUUCGAAGUCUGCAGAAGAAGGACUCUGGGCUGUAUUACUGCAAAGCACAGGAGCACACUUUUACCCACACCAUAGUGAAGCUGACUUUGAAUAUCAUUGAGAAUGAACAGAUGGAAAACACCCAGAGGGCAGAGCAUGAGGAGGGGCCGGUCAAGGAUCUGUUGGCUGAGUCAAGGUUGAGAUAUAAAGACUACAUCCAAAUCCUUAGCAGUCCAAAUUUCAGCCUAGACCAGUACUGCGAACAGAUGUGGCACAGGGAGAAGCGGAGACAGCGGAACAAGGGCAGCCCAAAGUGGAAGCACAUGCAGGAAAUGAAGAAGAAACGAAAUCGAAGACAUCACAGAGACCUGGAAGAACUUCCUAGAGCUGUGGCCACAUAG